AUAGUUAGAAGAGAACACCAUGUGCCUUUAAGGAAGAAAGGGACAUGGAAAUUUUACAGUAAAGAGAGAAAUAAGAGGAAAUUACUACCCUUAACUUACGCUACUGGUGACCUAAGCUGUGGGGGAAACUAAUGUCUUCAGGUUUUACUCGUGCUGCAGGCUGCCUGAGACACACGAAAAAGGGUCAGUAAACAGUGUAUUUAGUUGAGUCAUAAAAAAAAUUAAAAAAAAUAAAAGCUAGUAUUAAAUUGGACUGCUCACGAUGGGUGAGAUGUAGUUUCAGGGGUUACCGGUAGAGGCUUGAUCCUCGUUUACCUUCGGUACAGGGGUACGCUCCAGUACCCUGUUAACCUUACUGUUCCCACACCUCACUGCCUGAAACAUAUGAAAAAGGGUCAGUAAAAUCUUCUGUCCCUGAAAUACUUAUCCAAUGGAGACUUGAAGCUAUUAAUACUCUGUGCGCUAACUACUGACGGUGGGAGUCUAUUCCAGUGAUCGACGACUCUAUUAUUGAAAUAACUUCUGCGCGCCAAUGUGUUACAUCGGUUUCCCUUUAACUUCAUACCGCUGCUGCGUGUUAUUGUGUUGGUGUCUCUCUGAAAUAGACUAUCUGGGUUAAUGUUUUCGAAUCUAUUAAAGAUUUUGAACACUUCAAUUAAGUCUCCUAUUACUCUUCGUUUCUUUAAAGAAAACAUAUCUAAACUCUUUAAACGCUCGUCAUACGUCAAGUUACGGAGCGCUGGAAUUUGUUUGGUUGCUCGUCGCUGUAUCCUUUCUAGCAAAACUUGAUUUUUUAUAUAAUUCGGUGACCAGAACUGAACGGCGUAUUCUAGGUGUGGUCUUACAAAUGCUAAAUAUAAUCUCUUCAUAAGUUCGGGUGAUUUAUAAUCAAAGUUUCUUGAGAUUAAUCCUAGCAUCAUAUUGGCUUUUUUACUCGCUGCAGAACAUUGAUCGCUCAUUUUAAGUGUGUUACUGAUAAUGACACCAAGAUUUUCUUGUUUUACUUCGCUGGGCUCAUGUCCUUGAAGCUGAUAUUUAAAGUUAGGAUUAUUUUCACCUAUGUGCAUUACAUUACAUUUAUCUACGUUGAAACACAUUUGCCAUUUUUCGCUGCAAUCGGCAAGACUUAUUCAGUCUGAUUGAAUGUUCUCGCAAUUCUUACUGUUCGUUACCGUACCUCCUAAUUUGGUGUCGUCGGCGAAUUUGGCUACUUUUGACAGGAUAUCAGUCUCUAAAUUGUUCACGUAAAUUAUGAAUAGUGUUGGCCCCAGGACCGACCCUUGGGGCACGCCACUGGUUACGGGUUGCCAAUCGGAUGCUUCACCAUUAAGAACUACACGUUCUUCUCUGUCGGUGAGCCAGUCAUGAAUCCACUCACAUAGAUGGUCACUAAUACCGUGGGAACGCAGUUUUGAAAUAAGCCUAACGUGGGGAACUUUAUCAAACGCUUUCUGAAAGUCUAGGUAAAUUACGUCAUAUGGGGCUCGGGCGUCCCAACUUGAAUAAACGUCGUUGAAAAAAGUUAAUAAGUUGGUAAGGCAAGAUCGAUUACUACGAAAUCCAUGCUGAUGCACAGAGUGUGUGUGUGUGUGUGUGUGUGUGUGUGUGUGUGUGUAACGGAGAGGAUGAAAGCAGGUAUAUGUCCUCGGUGCACUUGGCACUUAAGUAUGCAUCACAGCCUCAAGUGUUCGUAACUACCAUAAAUUGCCACACUUGUGGCGAGGAGUCCCGAAUCUUUUCCUCCACUUGUUUAAGUAAAAUUCAGUGCCGAACACGCGUGCAUAUUACAAGCAGACACUAGCUAUUCCUAGUCAUAUCAACACGAAGGUGUUCUGGUUCUGAGUUAAUUUGCCUGAAGAGUUGAUAGAAAAAGUUGGCUGUUUAUCGAGACUGUUCUGCAUUGUCUGAGAACAGUACGCCAACGACACUACUUCCGUUGUCUAUAAUUGGACCCGGCCACUGCUACCAAUGAUGGAGACCGACCCAAUCCUUCUGGUGAAGAAGGCGGCCAUGAAAGACGCGGAAAACACAGAGCCACGUCAAGAAAAGAUGUGCCGCUACGCCAAACAGAUCUUCAUAGUGCUCUUAGCCUCCUUGCCCAACUUGUUCAUGGGCGUGACCUUCACGUGGCCCAACGUACUCAGAGCCCACCUCGCCACGGACAACACCACACUCUUCGGUGCGGAGCUGCACCUCAGUGAAUGGGACUUCGAUAUGAUCAACAGUCUCGUCUGCAUUGGCAGCGUGUUCGGCUUGCUGCUGUCUGGGUGGCUCUUUCAGAGGAUUAGUCGUAAGAAGUCCCUGAUAGUGGCGAUGGUGCCGGGCCUGGUGGGUUGGGCUACUCUAGGCCUGGCAGUCAACACGCCCAUGCUGCUGUUCGGCAGAUUAUGUGACGGCAUGACCACGGGCAUGACGACACAGAUAGUGGUAACCUACGCCGUAGAGAUACCAGACACAGCGAUCAGGGGCACCGCAUGCUCAACGACCACCAUUCUAUUCCUCUUUGGCACAGCCCUCUCCGUUAUACUGAGCUUAGCUAUGACUUGGUACGCAGUGGCGCUGAGCAACGUGGGUGCAGUCCUUGUAUACAUCUGCCUGAUCGUUCCCUUUCUGCCGGAAAGCCCCACGUUCCUCAUCGUCACAGAAAAGGAAAAGGAAGCUACCAAAGUCCUUCGGAAACUUCGAGGAAACUAUAGCAACAUCAAGACUGAAAUGGCACUCAUUAAGAAUAUGAACGACGAGGUCGCAGGCGAUAAAGGAUGGAGUUUCAUUCUACAGAGGGAGAUGCAAAAGAAAUUUCUAGUGCUGACCAUAUUGUCACUGGUGCAGGGUUUCUGCGGUACGGAGGUCUUGCGACCCAACGUCCUAAAAAUCCUAGAAAUGUCUGGGGUGACCGGUAGUACGGACCUGUUCGUCAUUAUCCUAAUCCUGGUGCCCAUUUCCGGAGCCUUCGUGAUGUCAUGUAUAAUAGACAGACUUGGCCGCCGCGGGUGUUUGGUUUUGUCCCUCGCCUUCACGAUGAUCGCAUACGUUGUCCUCGGAUCAACUAUCUUUGUGCAGACUCUACCACUAACUUCGGUAGUCCCAAUAGAGUUCAACGACACCGCAAAGCAGCCGCCUUACCAAGUAGAGCUCAGCGACGACACGAGACAGUUGACAAUCAUCAUCUCCCUCAUCGUCUGCAUCUUCGGCAUGAACAUCGGUAUCCAGUCUCUACCCUUUCAGCUCGCCUCCGAAUACUUUCCCACAACCAUUCGCUCACAGGCCAUGAGUUUGAACCUCAUCGUCGGCUAUGCCAUCAACGCCAUUCCUUUGACACUGUACAGCGCCAUGAACAACCUCCUCACCACCGCCGGUCUCUUCUAUUUUUUCGCUGCAGUGUCGGGAAUCGGCGUGGUCUUCACUUUGCUGUGUGUGCAAGAGACUGCCCUCAUGUUGGUGGGUUAG